GUGGAUGUCUUCCACUACAAGUCAAAGGAUGCAGACAACAAUGUCUAUUGCAGCACUCACUGCAAUCUGGCAUCUUUCCCCAAGUUGUAUGAUCUGGCGUCCAAAACCUGGAUGUUCCACUCCUUGGUGUGCAAGCAGACCAAUGCACAGAUACACAAGUAUCAAGGUCAGUUGCGAGAGAUGAGUGCCAUUUCCUUGACGAGGUGA